GUUAUCCACAAACAUGCUGAUUUUUCCCUCCUGUGCAUCCUUACUUCUUUCUCCCUCAGAGAGGACAGACCGUGAGGCAGGGAGAGAAAGCAGGAGCUGCCCAUAAAUUGCUUUGGAAAAGGAGCGGAGAGAGAGAGAGAGAGAGAGAGAGAGCGAGAGAGCUGGAGACAGAGCAGAUGCAUUGGCAGGAGCAGAGCUGAGGUUUUUUUUUUUCCUCCCUCUUCUUCUUCUCCCUCCUGUCUCUUUUGUUGCGUCGGCACAGAUAAAAAUCUGAUGAACGUGGGCAAGGACCACCACCACCACCUCCUCACUGCAAGCCUCUUCAUCCCCAACCCUUUUUGCCAGAGCCUAGUGUGGAGCUGGUUGUGCAGCAGGCUAACGGUGGGCUAGUGGGGAGGAGGGACGGGGGGGGGAGAGGCUGCAAGGCUCUGUGGCAGCGAGAAGAGGAGGAAAAAAAAGGAGGAGGGGCUGUGGUGAGCUGGUGGGCUUCCUCUGCCUCACAGACACAUUUUAUUGACUUGCUAAUUGGAUGAGGCACUCGGAGGAGAGGAUGCGGUGACCGAGAGGAGCUGCUCUCCAGAGGAGGGAUACAGGCACAAGGAAGCAUUGCUUGGGUUGCGUAAAUUCAGCUACUUUAUCGUCCUUUUUUUCAUUUUUUGGAGACAUAACAACAGAUGUUUUUCAGCAUCUCCUAGUGACCCUCACAGCGUGCAUACAUAAUUUUAUGCAUGACAUUGUCGAAUGGAGGCUCCAGCUGCCAGACGCUUCGUGACAAGUGAAUGAUUUCCAUUUUGAUGUUUUUUCACCCUGUUCCCUCUCACCUGUUUUUCUCUUGGACUCAUCAGCUGGAGCUCUUUUUUUAAUCAGCCUCGUUUGAUGUGCCAUUUGAUAUGAAAUGUAAUCUGAUGGCAAGAUAAAUUCUUCAUCAAAUGAAAUGUUACAAGGAGCUGUGCAAUGGAUAUCCUUCAGGAAAAAUGAAGUCUUGUACCGGUUGCCAUGACUGAGGUGUGCGGGUCUGGCUAGGUCAGAGAGCAGGUGCCACUGUGCCGAGGUCUGCUGUCCCAAUGAGCAAAGCAGCCAACCCACAGAGACGCACCACCUACCUCAUUUCCCUCACUCUGGUGAAGGUUGAGGCUGUGCCAGAGGAUGUAGCAGAGAACCAGAAGGAGGCUCUUCCAGAGGGGGAAGGGAGCCCCGACAAGGAGAAGAAGGAGGAGGAGGAGAAGGAGGAGGUGAGCAAUGUCCCUGAAAAGGAGGAAGGACUUGUGUCAGCGGAAGCGGUGGCAAAAGAAAACGUGCAGGUGGAAGAAGUGGAGCAGGUGCCGGUCAAGUAUGGCAGCCCCACUGAGAACAGAGGGAAGCCUGAGAGGAGGGAAACUUAUGGACACCAAAAAGACAUUGCAGCAGCGGGUAAAUGCAAAGACACCUCUCUUGUACAUCCACCUGUUAGGCAAAUGAUCAAAGUAUAUGGGGGAACUACCUCUGAGGGAACUGUGCGCAGAGAGGGACCUCGCUCAGAUGCCUUGCGCCCUAAGACGGAGCUCUACAGGGAGCCCCCCAUGUUGUUCCUAAAGGGUGAGAAUGGAGCAGACCUUAACAGCCGCUCACGUUGCAGCCUCCCUUUCUCCAUCCCGCCGCAGGUCACCCAGCGUCCUGAGGUCCUGAUGAGGUCACAUGCAGGAGGCAACUCUGCAUGCUGGAGGGAGCUCAGAGAGGCCAACACGAGCCUGUAUCACUCUGCUAAGACUUUGGACCGAAGGGACAACCGUAUCGGGGACCAGUCCCCCUUAAUGGCAGCUACAACUCUGGGGCCUUACAGGGCAUCCUGGGCCGACAGCGACGGCAGGGGCACGCUCAUUCGCCCUGGAGCUCCCAUGGCCGGAGGAUUUUCAGGCAUAAUGACCCGGGACAGCCCUCAGGGGGAGAGAUUUAAGACAGUGUCUGUUUCCCUGCCUGCACCUCCUGCCGCUGACGUGUCCAGGCCUCAGAGAAAAGGUACAAGUCGUACCCUGGACAACAGCGACCUACAUUCCCUCUCUGAGGACCUGAAGAAGGGGAAGGAGGGCCAGGGAGGAACGAUCCAGCGAGUCCCCCCUCGUGACCGCAAGAUGCUGAAGUUCAUCAGCGGGAUUUUCACCAAAAGUACAGCUGUGCCACCCAGCGUCAACACUGCUUCUCCUCUCUAUCCAGCUAUGGAGAGGGGCUCGAGUGAGGAGGAAGCUGCAUGCACCAGCAGUCAAGAAUGGACCAUGAGCCAAACUGUGCAAGAGCUUCAUCUGGGUGUUUUGGGAGGUCUGUGCAGUGGGAAGUCUGCUCUGGUCCACAGACACCUGACAGGAAGUUACCUGCCGCUAGAGAACGCUGAGGGACGGCAGUACAUUAAGGAUGUACUGGUUGACGGACAGAGCCACCUGUUGAUAAUCAGAGAAGAGACAGAACUCCCGGGUGCUCAGUUUGCAAGUUGGGUGGAUGCAGUUAUCCUGGUCUUCAGUCUGGAAAAUGAGGCCAGUUUCCAGGAAGUUUACAAAAUAUACCACCAGCUUGCAAUCCACCGGCCUGUCUCUGAGAUACCUUUCGUAGUAGUUGGCACUCAGGAUAAGAUCAGCAGCACCAACCCAAGAGUAAUUGAUGAUGCCAGGGCCAGACAGCUGUGCUCAGAUGUGCGGCGCUGCACUUACUAUGAAACCUGUGCCACGUACGGCCUCAAUGUGAACCGGGUCUUCACCGAUGCUGCUCAGAAGAUCAUGGCAGCCAAGAAGCAAGCUGCUCUACUGGCUUCCUGUAAAUCUCUGCCUAACUCUCCCAGUCACUCUGGAGGCUCAACCCCAGUGUCUGGCGUCUUUCCAGGACAGGCCAGUAACGGUGGUCAGAGCAGUGAUUACUCCUCAUCGCUUCCCUCCACUCCUGUGAUCAGUCAUAAAGAGAUCGCCAGGACAGCAAGAGGGGAGAAGCAGGAUAGUGCCACACCUGGGUCAGUCCGCAGCGCCACCCGAAGACGCACCUCUCGAUUUGCGGGUCGGAGAGGCAGUGACUCAAACAGAAGAAGUGCAGACUAUAAGGGAGAUCUGGGCAGUGGACGCUCCAUACCCAUCAAACAGGGCAUCUUGCUGAAACGCAGUGGGAGCUCGCUCAACAAAGAGUGGAAGAAGAAGUAUGUCACGCUGUCCAACGACGGCAUACUGUCCUAUCACUCCAGUGUCAAUGACUACAUGCUGAAUACCCCGGGAAAAGAGAUGGACCUGCUGCGAGUGACCGUGAAGGUGCCGGGAAAGCGACCGCCUCGUGCUGUACCUGCCUGCGGCCCUCCGGUCGGGCUCAAUGGGCGGGUCAAGGACGUGCCAGGACCUGAGGGUGUCAGCCCAGUCCCUGUAAGUGCCAGUAGCCUCCUGCAAGUGGAGGAAAUGGAAGGGCUGGGUGGUGCACUCUUCCUGAGGAGUAACAGAGGGGUGCAGCGAUGUCCUUCCACAGUAUCCAACCACGCUCAAAGUGUUGACUCUGCAGUCGAGGGAGUCUCCAGCUCCUCCUCCACCAAAGAUGUAGGCUCUGCCUCCCCAGUGACCGAUAGGAAGAAGCAUCGCAGGAAGAAGAGCAUGAACCAGAAAGGAGAUGCCACCAUUGGCCAAGCAGAUGCAAAGCGCAAAAUGUGGAAACUUAAAAGCUUUGGUAGCUUAAGAAACGUAAGCAAGACAGAUGAGGAUAACUUUGACUUCCUCAUUGUGUCGAGCACCGGCCAGACGUGGCACUUCGAGGCCCAGAGUGUGGAGGAGAGGGAUUCUUGGGUCCAAGCCAUCGAGAGCCAGAUCCUGGCCAGCCUGCAACUGUGUGAGAGCAGCAAAAACAAGGCUCGCAAGAACAGCCAGAGUGAAGCAGUGGCUCUGCAGGCAAUCCGCAACGCGAAGGGCAACAACUUCUGCGUUGACUGUGAUGCUCCGAAUCCAACCUGGGCCAGUCUGAACUUGGGCGCUCUCAUAUGCAUCGAGUGCUCUGGGAUCCACAGGAACUUGGGGACCCACCUGACGCGUGUCCGCUCGCUGGACCUCGACGAUCUACCACGAGAGCUGACUCUGGUCCUCAGCGCCAUUGGCAACCACAUGGUCAACAGUAUAUGGGAGGCACGCACGCUGGGACGGCGUAAACCAGCGCCUGAUGCCACACGAGAGGAGCGGGAGUCAUGGAUCCGAGCCAAAUAUGAGCAGAAACUGUUUGUGGCACCGUUGCCUCCUCCCACUCCCAGCGAGGGCCCAGACAUCACACUGUCUGGCCGUCUUCUGUUGGCAGUGAUGGAGCACAACCUCCCCAAGCUGCUGCUCCUUUUGGCCCACUGCACUAAGGAGGACAUUAAUGCACCUCUCAGCCUGGCCCUCUCCUCCAGGUCGCUCCUGGCUCUGCGUCUGCCUGGCUCGGCCCUGCACGCUGCCUGUCAGCAGGCCGAUGUGGUGAUGACACAGCUCCUUGUUUGGUAUGGCUGUGAUGUUCGCUACAGGGACGCUCAGGGGCAGACGGCGUUGGCUCUGGCUCGCAGCGCUGGCAGCCAGGAAUGCGUUGACAUCUUGCUCCAGUACGGGUGCCCCAACGAGCCGCCCCCCUCCGUCGGAGCGACAGUCGGUUUUGCGGCAGCCGCCACCUCCAGCUUCCCUGUUGCCAUGACGCCGAGCCUCACAGUCGCCACAACGUUCAAGAUCUCGCACAAGAGUGGCGGCGCCAGCUUGAGCUACAGCACCUCUAGAAGAGCAGUGUCAUAAUGGCAAUGUGGUGUGGUAUAACGUGGGUGUGUGUGUGUGUGUGUGUGUGAGCUUGUCGCUUUGCCCUCAUAGUGUCCUGUAUAUUCACACAGGCCAGCAGGACUGAUGAACAUGUUGCCAGAUGUUGCAUUCCUGAAGCCAGAUGAGGUGUUGAAGGUUGUGUGUGCAUGUGUGUGUGUGUGUGUGUGUUUGUCAGGGAUGAAAACACUCACUGGUAAUCACACAGGCACAUUCAAUCUGCUAGAAAUGAUAAUUUAACCAAAACAAAAAGAGAAAUUCUCCUGACAACACGUGACAUCACAUCCAGAUUCUCCUGCAUUCAGAUUUAAUAGGAAUGUAUUGCACUGUAUACCAGCUGGGUAUGAUUCAUAUUCCAUCAUGCAGUCAAUAUUCAACUUUACUCUCCACUCUGUUAAGAAUGGAAAUCUGCCUUUGGCCUCAAACAGCUUAACUGAGCAUCCAGAGCCCAGGAGUAAAGACCUGCAAUAAGUUUACUAUUUGAUAGAUGGACAUCAGACACAUUUCUUCUUAACUUUAUUGACCACGAAUGUCAGUUUUGAAUUCAGAGUGCGUAAACUGUGUUAUGUUCAACACAGCUGGUCAUUCAGUGCAUAAAUAAUGUUGUGUAAGUUGAUUUAAAAAGAAAAAAACAAAAACAAAAAACUUUACAAUGGUUGAAAAAGAAAGGCUGUUUUAAAGAUAAUCAAAAUAACUGUAUAGAGAUACAUUGAUAAAAUACUAUAAUAUUCUAAAAAAAAUUUAAAAGUGCUUCAUUUUCCAGAUUAUUAUUGUAUGAUUUGUACAGUUGGUUCUGUGUAUAAAACUCAAGGAGUUACUCAUAGCUGUUCAGAGAUUUGCUGCGCAGCGUCUUGGUUUGGUUUUGCUUUGAUAACCACCUGAUUAACUCUUUGACAUCCGGAACUGAGAUUUCUUCUGUGUUAUGUUUGUAUCACUGUGUGUGACAUAAACACUGUACAUGAUGUGUGCAUCCUGACAGCAGGUCAUUAUUGAGGCACGUGUAAUGCUAGGUGUGUAAACAAAGGAGCAAAAUGCCUUGAUUUUGAUUGAAUGUAUACAAAAACAGAUGGUUUGAGUUAAUUAUUUCAAACACUAACAUGUGUUUUUCCAGACAAUGCUGUUUGGCUGAUUUAUUUUUUAAUUAAACUAAUAUUCCUGCUAUGACUAAUAGACAUUAAAAGUAUGGUUUAAUAGAUCAAAGGUUCUGAUCUAUAAAACUGGGCCUUUGAAUGAUUAUGAUCAUAUUACAAGUGGCUGAAAAUCAACAUGAAAUAGAAGAAUGUUGCCCAAAUUAAUAUUUUAAAAAAAGUAGAAAAAAAACCCUCCUGCAGUACUGUAUGUAUUUUUGUGUUUAUCUGAAGACUCCGCUGAGUGUACUUGUCUGUGAUGUAAGCAUCUCCAUUUGUAUUUUUUUACUCAUGCGAUGAUUCAUAGAGCAUUCAUUAUCAAUACACUUAGGCUACUGCCCAA